UUUUUCUUCCCUCAGGACCCUGAAGCAACAGACCUGUAUAUGCGAUGGAGCCUUCAAGAUGUUCCUUUUCUCUUUUUAUUUGAUGAUCCGACACGCAUUGAGCGAUUCUUUCACACUAUCCGCCUUCGUGACAUGUGGGAUGCCACGUUUGACAUUAUCACAAUCCCCUUGACCAAUGUGUUCCGAUCGUCUCAAAAUUUUCCUUUCCUGGAACUGACGUUGUACGAUGUGAAGUAUCCAAAAUAUUUUGGAGACUUUGUAUCACAUCUACCGGAUUUGGCAUUAAAAAACAAGGGCACAUUGAUUGCCAGCACAAACCAACUCACGAUUCAUGCAGGCAGCCGUCUGCCCAAUUACAUUGUUUCCACGCAGUGGGCUAAUAAGGAAGAUUUUCAGCAUUAUCUCAAAGAGACCGAGGAACUGUUGAACGGCGAACAGUAUGCAUGUACCGUGCGUGUAUUAUUCCUGCUAAGUCAAUAUCCCCGGACAACGUCUUUGUGAAUAAACCUGAUCCAGCUACCAAUCAUCUUUCGUUUCUUUUCAAAUUCAUUGAGUAUCUUCACUGAAUGUAGGUAUCUUGAUGCGAACACAAUAUAUUGUCGCUUUGCAAUGGGACCAUGAUACUUACAGUUACAAAGGA